CCUUCCCCACUCUAUAAAUAGCUUCACACCCCUCUUCGCAUUGUUGCCCAUUGUUUUCGCAAUUUUGUGCUGAUUGAGCUGAAGGAAGGAGGAGUAGGUGGUGUUGGUUGCUGUUCCGUCGUGUUCUUCACUGUAGCUUCGAAGUCAGGAGUUGGGAGUUUGGGAUUGAAGGGUUAACGUCUUUCUGAAAAGAAGCAAUGGAGGUAUUUGGAAAAUCUGUGGUAGCUGUUCAUUCCAAUGUUAUUUACUUGUCAAGUAUUCUAGGCCAAGAUGGGCCUAAUCCAGUUCACAAGUGUGACUGGAAAUGUGAGAACGAGAAUUUGUUUGGGAACAUGUUUCGCUGCAAGCUAACUGGGCUGACACAUGUUUGUGAUAAAAACUGUAAUCAGAGAAUUGUCUAUGAUAAUCAUAGCUCCCUCUGCAGAGUGAGCAAACAGGUUUUUCCUCUAACACUGAUUGAGCAACAAGCUGUCAGAGGUGUCCGAAGGAAGCUUGAUGCUGAGAGUUCCUCGACUGAGUCUUGUUCUUUUAAGCGCAGAAGGGAUGCACAGUGCCACCCCUCACCAUUUGAGAGGCCCUUCACUACUGUUGGUCCCAUCUGCAGUCCGAUUGGUGAUGGCAUGGAUACGAACUAGGCGUUAUAACUUCUUGUUUCAUAUCCAUCCCUAUCCUUUCCCCUUUAGCUCUUGUUCUUUUCCUAGUAUAAAUCGAGGACUAAAGAACUCAUCAAGUACCUAAGUGGCAGACUUCAUUGUAUUGCCUUUUAUGUAGGAAGCUUUAUGUUUAACUUUCCUUUAUUGGAGUUGUAGCUAAGACUCUUAACUAUUAGGAAGUUUAUGAUACUAUAUCUUGUGAACUAUGAUGAAGCUCGAUGCAUUUUAUUGCACGGCAUCUUGAAGUACUAUGAGACAGGGUUCUAUUAAACUUUACUGUUCUAUUUGAUGUGCUCUGCUAACUGCAUCUCUCCCCCUGUUAUCUAUCAUUUUCAUUUUUGCUGUGGUUUAUUGUAAUGACUCUUAUCGCCUUCAUUAAAGCAAGGCAAUCAGCAGGAAUUUUUGGAGGAAGUUUAUUUUCAUUCAGUGGUUCGAUUUGUUUGUAUAUAUAUAGUUCAGUGAUUCGCAUUGAGAUGAUUGUAACUUUCCUGUAACUCUUAAGGAGGAAGUUUGUGCUUCCGGACGGGAAGAUCUUGUUAUUUGGUCCCGUAUGGAUAUUUACUUGAUUUUAUUUUGUGUUGCAGGUUGAAAACGGAGGCUUUAAUCAAUUCUUUUGUUUCAUUUAUUUCUACUUUUGUGCUUUUAUUAUGGUUUCUGUACAUCUCAGUUCCUAAAACGAUGUUGCUUUUGCAGGACCUUGAAGUGUAUGCCACUCGAGAGAGUUCAAUUAUAGCUUGCUGUCUUGAUGAAUGAUUUAUAGUGUAAUGUGUUCUUGAUUUUGGGAAACCUUCACUAAUAGAUUAUUCGUUUCUCUUCAUGCAGGAAAUGAGUCGCUCCUCCAGCAGUUGCUGCUCAGGGACGUCAACAGAAAUGCCAUUACAUACUCAUAAGUAUUCAGUUCAUAGGAUGGACCCGAGGGCUGGAACAAACAGAUAGAGUCCAUUCAUUUCCAGGCCUUACUCCGAUCAAUCCCCAUUUCUGUGGCUAGCAUCGAGAAAUCAUGCAAUGAAUACAUAUUUCCAGCAUUCGGGGAUAUCAUAAAACAUGCUGGUCUGAGCUUUCCUCUUAACUCAGCGAUCAGAAGGUACAUAUUCUGUCCCAAAUCACCCAUGAUGGAGAAGCAAUCUUGAAUUAGUUAUCCCUGUUGCUGAUUUCUCUUCCUCCCGGGAACCCUCAGAUUGCAUUUCCCUUCAAUUCCGACCCUACGAUAAACCUUACACUGUUUGGUAGGUGGAUCGUAGAAGGGGGACAGCUUGUGAUAAAGACCAGCUUGCAACAUGUUGUUGUUCUGCCCAACAUUUUAGAUAUCCUAGUACUAGUUUGAUCAUGAAAAUCUAUUCAAGAAAAAGCAUAAAUCAUCUCCAGUGUUGAGUAGCUUGGACUUUGUCGUGCACGUGCUGGAGCUGAUGCUCGUGACCGUUAUCGGGCCAUGUGAUUGGUGGUGGAGUGCAUCUUUCUUAACCGUUGUAAUAUAAAAACUUGUAAGCACAGUUUUGUCAGAGUAGUUUAAUAUGGACUUGGUAAAACAAGUAGUUUAAUCUAGCUGCUCUGUUUUUUAAUGUUGUUUGUAGACUGACAUUUUUUUGGAAGUCAUUGUUAUAUUUUUAGUGGUGUUUAGUUUAA